AUGCGGUCUACGUUCGAAGAACCGUGCGAACUUGGGUGCGAGGGUCUGAGCUAUUGCACCCAUUUCAACCACCGACCCACCGAGCUAUUUCGAAAUUGCGACGCUCGAACGGACCAGGCUGCUAAAAUGGACGUGGAGAUUUGGGAGCACGGAUUGAUCCGGAUGCCCACAGUGGACAUUCCAGUGCUGGACAUUGUCAACUGUUAUCCAGAUACAUGGAAAGCGAUUGCAUGCGCCUUGCAAAUCAAGCCAUGUCAGACAAAAGCCCAUUCCCGCAUGAUAUGCAGGAAUGAUUGCAUGAAUCUCCUGAGUCAUUGUGUUGAUCGUAGCAGAUUGAUGGAAGGUCAGACACCCGAUACUCUCUGUGAUGUUUUGUCACCACCAGAAAUCAAUUCUCCCUGCAUCUCACUCACACCUUUCUUAGAGAGAAGUCAAUACAGCCAUACAGCCGCAGAUGUGACCCACCCUUGCAAAGCUAACAAUUCUUGUGGAAAAAAUGAAGUGUGCCUCGUCAACAGAAGCUGCCAAUCAGGAGAAUCAUGUUCCCCAUUCAUCUGCCUACCAGGUUGCAGGAUGGGUGCAGUCUCUCAGUUGAUAGUACCGGGCGGUACUUAUACAGUAAUACCGAGGAUUUCGAAAGGGAAGCAUUGCAAUUCCAUUUGCUACUGUAACAAGCAGGGGUCUAUAGACAACUGCCUCCCUGUAUCCUGCCUAAACAAGGGGAAUUGCUCCUUUCUCGGAAAACAAAUACGGCACCAAAGUCAGUAUGUGAGUAAUUGUACAGUUUGUUUCUGCUUCAGUGGUGAAUUGAGAUGUAUCAGAACAUGUGAUGGAUUGAGUAAUUUAGUAUCAGAUGCAUUUUGUUCCUGUCUAAAUUAUUAUUCCCCUGUUUGCGGACAAAAUGGCAAAACGUAUACAAAUCCUUGUAUAGCUGGAUGUGCUGGAUUAAAAGAGAAUCAUUUCAAGGCAGGUCCAUGUGGAUCUGAUCCGUGUGUAAAUAACACGUGUGGGAGCAAAAAAAAGUGUGUACCAAAAAGACAAGUGUGCUUGACUCUAAAGAAAAAAUGUCCCCAAUACAUUUGCGUGGGUAAAAACAAUUGUGAAGAUAAGCCAGCAGUGUGUGACACCCAAAAUGAUGAAUACGUGAACGUGUGUGAGCUGCUGGAGAAGAAAAGGAACAUCGCUUACUUUGGAAAGUGUCUGGUGAGAUGUCAAAAAAAGGGAAAAGUAUGUGGACAUAAUGGACAGGAAUACAGCAGCGAAUGUGCUGCUCUUGCCGACAAAAUGUCCAUUGAUUACAGAGGAGCUUGCGCAAUUCCUCCACACGGAGAAGGAACAAAAUGUUCUCAAAUCACGUGUCCACCUUUGGCGUCCAAUCACUGCAUUUCCAUUGUGCCUCCAAAUGCUUGUUGUCCGAUUUGUGGCGUCGCUUUAAAAAUUGUGUACAGUCAACGCUUACUGGACCAAAUGGUGGAGGCGAUAAAUUCUGUAGAGCAUGCCGUGGUCUCAAAAUUAGCUGCAAAACUGCAAGAGCACAUCAAGACAGCAGAGUGUGAGGUCACUGCUUACCUGGACGAAGAUUCUUCUGUUGUUGUCAUCGUGUCUCCGCCAAGCGUCCCCUCCUAUCUUCAAGUUCAAGUCUGUCUCCAGGAGGCAGUGCAUUUGAAUUCUCUGAUCGAACAGCGGAGCCCAACUCUAGUCACAGAAUUCCCGCUUUCUUCUCUCAUUGGCAGCUACAUUUUGCACACCGCUACGAGCAACUCCGUUUCCAUCCUAUCCGUUAACUUCGUCAUUAUGUUCAUAUGCACAUUGUUGGAUUUUUAUAUGAUAAGUAAUGGGUGAAUUCCACUCCAAAUUUCUUAAAUUUUUAAAAAGUUGACACUUUUCGAACAAUACAGUCCCAUAUAGCAAAAUAAGGUUUAUUUUCACUCAGGAAAAACCUUUUAAUGUAAACCUGAAAAUUUUUUUAAUAUGGUUUACGUGUAAACCUUCUAACGAGAUCUUUUACAAUCUGCUUUAUUCUACCCACAUUACCCUAAUACAAAACCUUGGAAAACCUUCUAUAUAAAACCCUUAAAUUGAGGUUGACUUAGGGUUUUCUAGCGUGAAAAAUCCUUUCAUGAAGCUAGUCUUAAGGUGAAAAUAAUCUUAAAUCUGGGUCAUAAUAAGGUUUCUUUUCGCAACGUCUUGUAUGCUCAGCUAAAAUCCACCUUGUCAUGAAAUUUUAAUGCACAUUGCAAUUUGAUCCUACCGCUCGUGUGACGUCAGCUAAAACGUCUUUAUGGAUCUAGGUGGCAAUAGUUUUUUAAAACAGCUUUAAAAAAAUAAUUUUAAAUCCUUUUAGGAUAAAAGGUUUAUAACUGCAAUAUAUUU